AUCACGUGCCCUCGGUGUCGCGUCACACCCGGAAGCAGCUUCUGGACCUGAGCGGGCAGCAAUGAGUGGGGAGCCGGGGCAGGUGUCCGUAGCGCCCCCUCCCGGGGAGGUGGAAGCGGGCAGUGGAGUCCACAUCGUAGUGGAGUACUGUGAACCCUGCGGCUUCGAGGCAACCUACCUGGAGCUGGCGAGCGCUGUGAAGGAGGAGUAUCCGGGCAUCGAGAUUGAGUCGCGACUUGGGGGGACAGGGGCCUUUGAGAUCGAGAUCAAUGGACAGCUGGUGUUCUCCAAGCUGGAAAAUGGAGGCUUUCCUUAUGAGAAAGACCUCAUUGAGGCCAUUCGAAGAGCCAGUAAAGGAGAACCCCUAGAAAAGAUCACCAACAGCCGUCCUCCCUGUGUCAUCCUGUGACUGCACGUGAUUCUUGGCUCCUGUGUGGUUCUGGCAUUGAAACCUGUUUCCUCAUGGUUUGCUGGGAACUCCCCCUGCCUUUUGCCCCUCACUUAUGCUCCAUUGGGCAUAAGGAGAGAAUAGAGGUUUUUAUGGUCUUGGAGGCAAGAAAGAGAUGUUCUCCAGGGACAUUUCCACCACUACCUUAUACCCCUUUCCAGAAUCAGUGCCCUCCACAGCUUGGUCCUCUCCCAAGCUUGGCAAUACCUGUCAGAUGCCAUAGUUGAUGUAAGUUAUUUCCCUCCAGCCCUGGGCAGUGUCAGCUAUAGGCAAUAAAGAGGCAUUACAAGUACUUGUGCUAA